AUGGCCUGUCCCUGGCAGUUUCUGUUCAAGGCCAAAUCCCACCAGUACAACUUGACUGAGGAAACAGACAUCAACAACAAUGUGGGGAAGGCCGUCCGGGCCCCCUCUGGUCUAGUGACACAGGAUGACCCCAAGUGUCACAGCCUCAGCAAACACCGGAAUGAGCCCCCCCAGUCCCUCACGGGGACAGUAAAGACAGUUCCAGAAUCCCUGGGGAAGCUGGAUAUGCCCCCGUCGGCCUGCCCACGGCACGUGAGGAUCAAAAACUGGGGCAGUGGGAUGACUUUCCAAGACACACUUCACCACAAGGCCAAAGGGGAUCUUGCUUGCAGGUCUAAGUCUUGUCUGGGAGCCAUCAUGAACCCCAAAAGUUUGACCAGAGGACCCAGGGACAAGCCUACCCCCCCAGACGAGCUUCUACCUCAAGCUAUCGAAUUUGUCAACCAGUAUUACAGCUCCUUCAAAGAGGCAAAAAUAGAGGAACAUCUGGCCAGGGUGGAAGCAGUAACAAAGGAGAUAGAAACAACAGGAACCUAUCAGCUGACGGGAGAUGAGCUCAUCUUCGCCACCAAGCAGGCUUGGCGCAACGCCCCCCGCUGCAUCGGGAGGAUCCAGUGGUCAAACCUACAGGUCUUCGACGCCCGGAGCUGUUCCACUGCCCAGGAAAUGUUCGAGCACAUCUGCAGACACGUGCGUUAUGCUACCAACAAUGGCAACAUCAGGUCGGCCAUCACCGUGUUCCCCCAGCGGAGUGAUGGGAAGCAUGACUUCCGGAUCUGGAACGCUCAGCUCAUCCGGUAUGCUGGCUACCAGAUGCCUGAUGGCACCAUCCUGGGGGACCCUGCCAGCGUGGAGUUCACCCAGCUGUGCAUCGACCUGGGCUGGAAGCCCAAGUACGGCCGCUUUGAUGUGGUGCCUCUGGUCCUGCAGGCUGAUGGCGGAGACCCUGAGCUCUUUGAAAUCCCGCCUGACCUCGUGCUCGAGGUGCCCAUGGAACAUCCCAAGUAUGAGUGGUUCCGUGAACUGGAGCUAAAGUGGUAUGCCCUGCCUGCCGUGGCCAACAUGCUGCUCGAGGUGGGUGGCCUGGAGUUCCCAGGGUGCCCCUUCAACGGCUGGUACAUGGGCACGGAGAUCGGGGUCCGGGACUUCUGUGACAUUCAGCGCUACAACAUCCUGGAGGAAGUGGGCAGAAGGAUGGGCCUGGAAACGCACAAGCUGGCCUCACUCUGGAAGGACCGGGCUGUCAUUGAGAUCAACGUCGCCGUGCUGCACAGUUUCCAGAAGCAAAACGUGACCAUCAUGGACCACCACUCGGCUGCGGAGUCCUUCAUGAAGUACAUGCAGAACGAGUACCGGUCCCGAGGGGGCUGUCCUGCCGACUGGAUUUGGCUGGUGCCCCCGAUUUCUGGCAGCAUCACUCCCGUGUUCCACCAGGAGAUGUUAAACUAUGUCCUGUCCCCUUUCUUCUACUACCAGGUGGAGGCCUGGAAAACCCACAUCUGGCAGGAUGAGAAGCGGAGACCCCGGAGAAGAAAGAUUCCGUUCAAAGUCUUGGUUCAAGCUGUGCUCUUCGCCUCCAUGCUGAUGCGCAAGACCAUGGCGUCCCGAGUGAGAGCCACAAUCCUCUUUGCGACGGAGACAGGAAAGUCAGAAACACUGGCCCGGGACCUAGGGGCCUUGUUCAGCUGUGCCUUCAACCCCAAGAAACUGAAAAAAUCCCUCUUCAUGCUGAAAGAGCUUACCAACAAGUUCAGGUAUGCCGUGUUCGGCCUCGGCUCCAGCAUGUACCCUCAGUUCUGUGCCUUUGCUCAUGACAUCGACCAGAAGCUGUCCCAUCUGGGGGCCUCUCAGCUUGCCCCAACAGGGGAAGGGGACGAGCUCAGUGGACAGGAGGAAGCCUUCCGCAGCUGGGCCGUGCAAACCUUCAAGGCAGCCUGUGAGACGUUCGAUGUGCGAGGCAAGCACCGCGUUCAGAUCCCCAAGCUCUACACCUCCAAUGUGACCUGGGACCCGCACCACUACAGGCUCGUGCGGGACUCACAGCCUCUGGACCUCAACAAAGCCCUCGGCAGUAUGCACGCCAAGAACGUGUUCACCAUGAGGCUCAAAUCACAGCGGAAUCUCCAGAGUGCGAAAUCCAGCCGCACCACCCUCCUGGUGGAGCUCUCCUGUGAGGACAGCCACCGGCUGAGCUACCUGCCUGGAGAGCACCUCGGGGUUUUCCCAGGCAACCAGCUGGCUCUGGUAAAAGGCAUCUUGGAGCGAGUGGUGGACGGCCCUGCGCCCCACCAACCGGUGCACCUGGAGACCCUCAGCGAGAGCGGAAGCUACUGGGUCAGAGACAAGCGGCUGCCCCCGUGCUCCCUCAGCCAGGCCCUCACCUACUUCCUGGAUAUCACCACCCCCCCAACCCAGCUGCUGCUCCGCAAAUUGGCACAGCUGGCCACAGAAGAGGCAGAGAGGCAGAGGCUGGAGAUCCUGUGCCAGCCCUCAGAGUACAACAAAUGGAAGUUCACCAACAGCCCCACAUUCCUGGAGGUACUGGAGGAGUUCCCAUCCCUGCGGGUAUCUGCUGGCUUCCUGCUCUCCCAGCUGCCUAUUCUGAAACCCCGGUACUACUCCAUCAGCUCCUCCAGGGCCUGUGCACCCACGGAGGUCCACCUCACUGUGGCUGUGCUCACCUACCGCACCCGAGAUGGCCAAGGUCCCUUGCACCACGGCGUCUGCAGCACAUGGCUCAGCAGCCUGAAGCCCCAAGACCCAGUACCCUGCUUUGUGAGAAGUGCCGGCGGCUUCCAGCUCCCUGAGGACCCCUCCCAACCUUGCAUCCUCAUUGGGCCUGGCACAGGCAUCGCCCCCUUCCGCAGCUUCUGGCAGCAGCGGCUCCAUGAUGCUGAGCACAAAGGGCUCCGGGGCAGCCGCAUGACCCUGGUGUUCGGGUGCCGCCGCCCGGAUGAGGACCACCUCUAUCGGGAGGAGAUGUUGGAGAUGGCCCAGAAGGGGGUGCUGCAUGAGGUUCACACAGCCUACUCUCGCCUGCCUGGCCAGCCCAAGGUCUAUGUUCAAGACAUCCUGAGGCAGCAGCUGGCCAGCGAGGUGCUCCGCGUGCUCCAUGAGGAGCAAGGCCACCUUUAUGUCUGUGGGGAUGUGCGUAUGGCCCGGGAUGUGGCCCAAACCCUGAAGCACCUGCUGGCCGCCAAGCUGAGCCUGAGCGAGGAGCAGGUGGAGGACUAUUUCUUCCAACUUAAGAGCCAGAAGCGCUAUCAUGAAGACAUCUUUGGUGCUGUAUUUCCCUACGAGGUGAAAAAGGAUGGGGCAGCAAGGCAGCCCAGCGAUCCCAGAGUUCCAGCGGCCCACGGGACAAGUUAA